GAAUCCAUUCCGCUAGAGUUGUUGUACUUGUUUAGCGUUCCAUUAUGAUUAUGGUUACCACAGUAAACUAAUAAAUCUUCUACUGGCUCUAGAUCUACUAGAAAAUCUAGAGUGAUUAUGUCGAAAGCUAAAGUUAUCAUAGUUGGCCCGUCAGGGGCUGGAAAAACUUUUCUCAGCAAUUUUUUAUCUGAUGCUACAGAGUUUUCUGCAGGAGAAUACCAUCCAACUCAAGGAGUCAGAAUUAUAGAAUUUGAAGCAGGUUCAGACACAGGUCGUGCAUCAGUAGAUGUUGAAUUAUGGGACUGCAGUGGUGAUAGAAAGUUUGAAACGUUUUGGCCAGUAUUUGUCAAAGAUGCUAGUGGUGCAAUAUUUGUUUAUAAUCCAGACCAACCAAAUCAUGAUAAAGAACUAGAUUUAUGGUAUAACUUUCUUAUUGGCAACCAACAUAUAAAAGAGAGUCAAUGCUAUGUUUUUGCCCAUCACAAACCCAACACAGCUGGCGAGUCAUCUGAACUCUCAAACAGUUUCUCCAAGAUCCCACUAAUACACACCAGUCUAGAGGAAGAGUCAGCAGAGAAAGUCAGAAGGGAGUUCAACAAAUUUCUCUCCUCCCUUGUCAAGGCAGUGUCUAGCAAUCGAGAGCAAGAGGAACUCAGUAUAAUGAACCAAUAAGCUCUCAGUUUUUAAACGCUGCUUUUGUUUAACUAUUAAUUCAUUUCAUGUUAGGAUGACAGUGCUAACAUCUCAUAACCUAUUGUUUGAUUCAAAAUGUUCACCUUUACAAACAAUUUCAUAUGAUUGAUACAUAAGUAUGAAAUUAGGCUAAUGCUUAUUGGCCCCUUUUAAUGACAAUAAACAAUUUGAUAUUCUUAUAUUAAAGGGGCCAAUAGAUUAUUGUAAAAGAUCUUUUACAGACCUUAUGCUGUAAAGCUAAUUAAACACAUUUCCCACAAUCUUAUUAUAGCUUACACAAGUAGACUGUGCCUCUGUUGACUAGUCGACUGUGCCUCUGUUGACUAGUAGACUGUGCCUCUGUUGACUAGUCGACUGCCUCUGUUGACUAGUAGACUGUGCCUCUGUUGACUAGUAGACUGUGCCUCUGUUGACUAGUAGACUGUGCCUCUGUUGAGCUCCAAUCACACAAAACAAUUACAAAUCAAUGAUUUUAGUUUAUCUUACUGUCUUGUAGAACAGAUACAAGUGGCUGCCUAUCAUAUGGAACGCUAUUCAUGGACAAAAUAGUAGCGACCAAUACUAAUGCCAGGGCUGCGUGAUUUUCACAGUUUGCCCCUGUAUAAAAUUAUAUUUUUGUUAGGUUCUUAUAAAUGAUUGUCUGACAUAAGUUGACACUAUAGUGGUUUAGGUAAUAUUCUUUAUGUAUUAGUGACAUGAAAUGAAACUAUAUUUCAUAUCUUAUUACCCUCCCCCCACCCCUUACACAGUUUUUCUAAAAUUAUUUUUUAAAUUUUCUAUUCUAGAGUUUAUUUCAUUAUUUUGUUUUGUUUAUUUUUUUUUUUACAUUUACAUUUUGUUAGGAAAUUUAUUAAAACAAUAUUUCCAUUCUA